CGUCCUUCAUCAUUUCCUCUUUCUUGGGCAAAUCAACAAACGCUCCGAGAGUGACUAUGUCUUCAGCCGUUGCUAGGGUUUUCAACGGUUGCCGGGCUCUCUUGGGUCCGGCCAAGUCCUCUGCCACUGCGGCCACCAAAACUAAACCAACCACCUCCAAAAAGCCCAGAGCCAAAUCCCCACCCAAGUCCAAACCACCAGGCUCUUCUCGGCCCCUUGGCAUUCUUAAGGUGGGGCCUGUCUCCCCUGCUCUUGCUCACUUUCUCGGAGCCUCUGAAUCCUCCCGCACCGACGCCGUUCGCAAGAUCUGGUCCCACAUCAAGACUCACAGCCUCCAGAAUCCUCAGAACAAACGGGAAAUCAUCUGUGAUGCCAAACUUAAGGCCAUCUUUGAUGGUAAAGAUACGGUUGGGUUCCUGGAGAUUGCAAAACUUUUGUCCCCUCAUUUUGUGAAGACUGCCUGACUGCUAUUAAGAUAUCAACUGUAGGUGGUUGGCUUCAAUUGUUUUCUAACUCUUACGAGCCUGCUUUUGUGUCUUUUCUCUUCUCAAAGUUUUAAUAUUGAUGCAUACUUUUCUAUGACAGCAGAUCUCGUGGGUUUAAAUUUGUGACUCAGUUGUCUAGAUUUGUGACUUAGUUGUGUAGGUGGACAUGUUGUACAAUGUAUUGAUGAAAAGUGUUUGUAAGGUAUUGUGGCCUCUUUGAUAAUCGAUAAUCUCUCUCUUUUUUA